CACCAGCAUCCACAACCAUUGGGAAUUCAGCCAAGCAUCCUUCAAAGAAAAUAACAAAAAUGGCCGCCAAGUUUGUGAUUCUUGCAGUUGCCGUCGCGGUGUGCCACGCUGCUCCCUACUCUAUUAUUGGCAAAAACUACAAUCCUAGCAUUGUUCGUAACCCUCUACUGUACCAGCCCGCUGCCAGCCAGGCGUACAGCAGCGCCAUCGCCAACGGCGGAGCUCAGCUCGGCAAGGGCAUCGCCUACAACGGCCUGGUCCCAAGCUACGGAUCGGCUGUAUCAUCCGCCCAGAACUUCGGCAACGUCGGCUCUGCUAUUGCUCAGUCUAACUCUGCUGGACUCGGUUCUGCUGGAGCCAGCGCUUCAAACCUUCGCGGCCUUGGAUACGGGUCUGCUAUUUCAUCUGCCAACAGCAACAAUGGCUUCAGAUCGGCCAUCUCCUCGGCAGACAACUCCGGCUAUGGAUCGGCUUUGUCUUCUGCUCAAGCUCAGGGAGGUCUCGGUGACUACAGCUCUGCUCAGUCUGCUGCCCAGAACUUGGGUGGACUCCGCUCCAGCACCUCCCACGCCGUUCAGCAGAGCCUCGGCGCCGUGCAGCACAGUGGCGCCACCAGCAUCGACGGCCCCGGCAUCCAAGCCGCUUACUCGCAUGCCGUGAACAACGGGUAUUAUUAAAUAAAAUCGUGGCGUAAUAUAAAGAUAUCGAGACGACUAUAAAUAUUUGUCUCCACGUCUUUAUAGUUUGUAGCUUUUCUAGAUAAUAAAUUUUCCGUGUAAAAUUA